UGCAAGAGAGAAGCCGGUUUGCACGAAACAGUGGGGUAAUUGGUGUAAAAUGGCGCUGUCUCAAGGAACAAAGAAAAAAGUUUGCUAUUACUAUGACGGGGACGUGGGGAACUACUACUAUGGUCAGGGCCAUCCCAUGAAACCCCACAGGAUCCGCAUGACCCACAACCUGCUUCUCAACUAUGGACUGUACAGGAAAAUGGAGAUCUAUAGACCACACAAAGCCAGUGGUGAAGAGAUGACAAAGUACCACAGUGAUGACUACAUUAAGUUCCUGCGGUCCAUCAGACCUGACAACAUGUCUGAGUACAGCAAACAGAUGCAGAGAUUCAAUGUGGGAGAGGACUGUCCUGUGUUUGAUGGACUGUUUGAGUUUUGCCAGCUCUCAACGGGCGGAUCUGUCGCCGGGGCGUUGAAGUUGAACAAGCAGCAGACAGAUAUCGCCAUCAACUGGGCUGGUGGACUCCACCAUGCCAAGAAGUCAGAGGCCUCAGGUUUCUGCUACGUUAACGACAUCGUCCUGGCCAUCCUCGAGCUGCUCAAGUACCACCAGAGGGUGUUAUACAUAGACAUUGACAUCCACCACGGUGAUGGAGUGGAGGAGGCCUUCUACACCACAGACAGGGUCAUGACUGUCUCUUUCCACAAGUAUGGGGAAUACUUCCCCGGCACUGGAGACCUGAGGGACAUCGGAGCUGGGAAGGGCAAGUACUACGCUGUAAACUACCCACUCAGAGACGGUAUCGAUGAUGAGUCCUACGAAGCCAUCUUCAAACCUAUCAUGGCUAAAGUCAUGGAGAUGUACCAGCCGAGUGCUGUUGUCCUCCAGUGUGGAGCUGAUUCUCUGUCUGGAGACAGACUGGGCUGCUUCAACCUCACCAUCAAAGGCCAUGCCAAAUGCGUGGAGUACAUCAAAAGUUUCAACCUGCCCCUGCUGAUGCUGGGUGGAGGAGGUUACACCAUUCGCAACGUGGCCCGCUGCUGGACGUACGAAACGGCCGUGGCCUUGGACUGCUCCAUCCCCAACGAGCUGCCCUACAACGAUUACUUUGAGUACUUCGGGCCCGACUUCAAGCUGCACAUCAGCCCGUCCAAUAUGACCAACCAGAACACCAACGAAUACCUGGAGAAGAUCAAACAGCGUCUGUUUGAAAACCUCCGCAUGCUGCCUCACGCCCCUGGCGUCCAGAUGCAGGCGAUCCCCGAGGACGCUCCCCACCCAGACAGCGGAGACGAGGAGGAGGAGGACCCCGACAAACGCGUCUCUAUUCGGGCCCACGACAAGAGGAUAGCCUGCGAGGAGGAGUUCUCAGACUCUGAGGACGAGGCGGAGGGGCAGGGAGGAGGCCGCAGGAACGCAGCCAACCACAAGAAGGCAAAACGAGUGAAGAAAGAGGAAGAGAAGGAAGGAGAGGAAAAGAAAGAAGUGAAAGAGGAGGAGAAGGAGGAGGAGAAGAUGGACACAUCAGGUCCAAAAGAAGAGGUGAAGUCAACCUGAAGUCUGGCAGGAGGAGAAAUGGUUGGUCGUACUGUUGUCCUUGAGCCCCACUGAUUCCUUUAUUCUCCUGCUGCAGCGAUAGGACCUCUUUUGUAUUCCUGUUUUAUUAUGCAUUUUUAUGGGCAAACCUGGUUUACACUGUAUUAUUUACAUUUGUUUCCAACCUCAGUGAAGCACCAGUGUAGUGCGUGCUUAUCUGAUCAAGUAAGCAUCUAUUAGUGACUGAAAACUUGACCUUAUGCUGAGUGUAAACUCAGCCCAGCUGGAGCUUCAUUUAGUAUAAAACAAAUGCCACAAUUCCUUUUUCAGCUGCUGUGUGAACCAGGUCUGCUUAAAUGUGAAGAAAAGCACUCACAUGAUUACAUUUCCUAUCAUGGCGUUUCAGAUUUAAAUAUGUUUAUGGGGCUCCUGUUAAAAUUCCUGCAGAGAUGUAGAUGAUUUCUAAGUGUAGUGCGCACAUGCAGAAAGGCUUUGUUAGUUUUCAAACAUCUAUUUAUGAUACUGUUAGAAUAACCAGCAUUCAACGUGCUGUGUUAAUUUAUCAGUGAAUGCAUGUUAAGCAUGUACAUAGUGCUCCCUUUGUCCAGACAGAUCUCUGCUCAGUAACUUAUUUUACAUCAUGAACACAGUCAGUCCCUUGAGCCCAUCUUCCUCUGAAUAUCUGCUCAGUGUUGAUUUUUUUUUUCUUCCUGCAUCGUUUGAAUGUUGAAGUAUGAAUGGAUGUGAACCUCUUCAGAGGCUUAUGUUUGGAAGUGUUUUAGAUAUUUUGUACCAUUAUACAUAAAGGUGGAGUGAGUGGGUUAGAUGGCCUCUUUACAUCUGGUUGUUUGGAGUUUUAUCCUUGUGAAAUGUGCAUUAUCAUAACUUUGUAAUAAAAAAUAAAGAAAACUGA